CCGGAAGUGAAUAAUUAAGCCCACAACAAAGAUGGCGACUCCCUCAGAGCACGAGGAUUCGUGUGAAGAGGAGACUGCAGAAGAACCUAAAGCACCAAAGAUACGACAAACACCAGAAGACAUCAAACUAGAUGCGAUUGCCAUCACACUCGCCUUCCAUCCCAGCCAAGACAUCCUUGCAGCUGGAGAUAUCGAUGGAGAUAUAUACCUAUAUUCAUACUCGUGCACAGAAGGAGAGAAUAAAGAGCUGUGGUCAUCAGGACAUCACCUCAAAUCCUGCAGGAAGGUUGUUUUCUCCAGCGAUGGACAGAAAUUAUUCAGCGUUUCCAAAGACAAGGCAGUUCACAUUAUGGAUGUGGAGGCUGGAAAACUGGUGACACGCAUCCCGAAAGCUCACAAGGUCUCCAUCAAUGCCCUGCUGUUGGUGGAUGAGAAUAUAUUCGCUACAGGUGACGAUGAGGGAACGCUGAAGGUUUGGGACCUGAGGAAAGGAACAUCAUUCAUGGAUCUGAAGCACCAUGAAGAUUAUAUCAGUGAUAUCGCUGUUGACCAGGCCAAGAAGAUAUUGCUUACAUCCAGCGGUGAUGGAACUUUAGGUGUAUUUAAUAUCAAGAGACGACGAUUUGAACUGCUUUCUGAAAUCCAAAUUGGAGAUCUGACCUCCGUUUCAAUAAUGAAAAGAGGUCGUAAGGUUGUGUGUGGCUCCACCGAGGGCUCAUUACACAUCUUCAACUGGGAUGGUUUUGGGGCCACCAGUGACUGUUUUGAUAUUCAGGCAGAGUCUGUGGAUUGUAUCGUUCCUAUUACAGACAGUUUACUGUGUGCUGCCUCUAUGGACGGUGUUAUCAGAGCUGUGAGUGUUCUUCCCAACCGUGUGGUGGGCAGUAUCGGACAACACGUCGGUGAGCCCAUCGAGGAGAUCACACCCUCGAGAGACACAAAGUUUCUGGCCAGCUGUGCUCAUGACCAGCUGAUCAAAUUCUGGGACAUCUCCAGCAUUCCUGACAUGAAGGUUAAUGAUUAUCGGCGUAGAAAGAAGAAAGACGGACGCCUCAAAGCUUUAAGUAAUAAAGCUUUUGAUACCGGACAGAAUUUCUUUGCCGGACUGUUGGACACAAAAGAGGAAAAUGAUAAAGAAGAGGAAGAUGAUGAGGAGGACGAUGACAGUGACAGUGGAAGCGAUUGAACGUUUGUUUUCCAGUGUUGUCAUGUUUAUUUAAAGGGACAGUGCAUCUUUUCAAUAAAUGGCUUGAUCCACUGAAUAAUACACUCAUGAAGCUGACUCAUCGGGUCUUGGCGUGUAACAUCUCACUUUGAGGGAAUGACUUCUCAGUUUAUGAGUACUGCUUAGAAUAGUCAGAUGGACUUUGAAGACAGUUGUAUUGUUUUUACAUUCUUUUGAGGUUUGACCCUCAGUCCCCAUUCUGUUUAUUUAAGGAAAAAGUAAAGUUUCAUGGAAACUUUCAUGGUUGGGCUUGUGGGGGGUGAGACAGUAAUCACAGAAGUUUGCUUUUUUAAAUGCAUGUAGUUGUUUUUAUUAUUUUCAUUUGAAGCCUUGCACAGUUUUGUUAUCAUAAACAUAGCUGUUAUGAAUAAUUCUCAACAUAGUAGUUUUUUUUUUGCAUCAUACAGUCAUAUACAAUUCUAUAAUGGAUGGCAAAAUAAAAUUAUAAAUUGUGUAUGUCCCUACAAAUAUAUCGUAAGCUUGUUGAUAGUAGCUUUUUGUUAUUUUAAAUUGUGAACCAAGUGUUUCGUAUUCUUAGUGGAAACUGUUGGAAAUGUCUGAAGACACUAAAAGUCUUCAUUUGUAAACAAAAAUGUAUAUAUGAAAAAUUUCAGGAUUUCACGAAGCAAGCUGAAUGAGUUUGUUUGGAGUUUUGUGAUAUUCAAUACUGUUUCCAGGUCAUUAUUCAAAUAUAAGCAAAUGUUUGUGUUAAAUCUUCCUUCUAAUGCACAAGAAGUUAUUGUUAUAUAGUGUAUGUAAAUCAUCCUGAGAUAACAUCGAUCUCCAUUCCAUGACAGCUCAGAACAAACUGCCAUUAAAGCAAAUGUUAACUAAAUGACAAACCAAUGAUAUUCUGAUCAUAUAAAUUUGAAAUGACAUCAGCACAGACGGUGUGGCAGUGAUAGAAGCUGAUUGGCUACUGUAGCCUGUAAUUUUUUUAUUAAGGAAGAGAAUUUCACAUUAUCAUUAUAAUAAAGUUCAUAAACAGUGUUACAACAUUUUGAUAUUAAAGUUAAGACUUUAUCUAUGACCUGUUACAUAGUUCAUAUUGUCCCUUGUCAUUUUGCUGCCACGUUAUUCAGAACAAGGUUUUAAUAAUUAAUGUUAUUUGUCUUCCAAAGAAAGAUCCAAACCAAUGAAAAAGUACAUCCUGUAAUAUAAUUAGUCACUGUGUAGACAAGUUCUAUUGGAUAGGAAUAAAUUCAUGGUUGUGGUUCUGUUUAAACCAUUAACUUAUGUAAAAAAUAUGUGACUCAUUCAGAGAACAUUCAAUAUCUAAAUAUCAUUCAAGU